CGCUACGGACCUAUCAUGGGUGACUGGAGCUUUCUGGGUAAUAUUUUAGAGGAAGUGAAUGAGCACUCGACGGUGAUCGGCCGGGUGUGGCUCACGGUCCUCUUCAUCUUCCGCAUUCUCAUCCUGGGUACGGCGGCAGAGUUCGUGUGGGGUGAUGAGCAGUCGGACUACGUCUGUAACACACAGCAGCCCGGUUGUGAGAAUGUGUGUUAUGACGAGGCAUUCCCCAUCUCCCACAUCCGCCUGUGGGUUCUGCAGAUCAUCUUCGUGUCCACGCCGUCUCUGGUGUACGUAGGCCAUGCCGUGCACCACGUCCACAUGGAGGAGAAACACAAGGAGCGCGAGGAGGCCGAGCUGAGUCGCCAGCAGGAGCUGAGCGAGGAGCGGCUGACACUAGCGCCAGACCAGGGCAGUGUGCGCACCACCAAGGAGACCAGCACCAAGGGCAGCAAGAAGUUCAGGCUGGAAGGCACCCUGCUGAGGACCUACAUCUGCCACAUCAUCUUCAAGACGCUGUUUGAGGUGGGCUUCGUGGUGGGCCAGUACUUCCUGUACGGCUUCCGCAUCCUGCCGCUGUAUAAGUGCAGCCGCUGGCCCUGCCCCAACACCGUGGACUGCUUUGUGUCGCGCCCCACAGAGAAGACUGUCUUCAUCAUAUUCAUGCUGGCAGUGGCCUGCGUCUCCCUCUUCCUCAACUUCGUGGAGAUUAGUCACCUGGGCCUGAAGAAGAUCCGCUUUGUCUUCUGGAAGCCGGCACCGAGGCCAGCCCAGGGUGAGGGCCCAAGCCCCCUGCCCCCUCCAGGGGGGGGCCUCAAGAGCCUGCCCCCCGUGGCCGUGCCCUCCUUCCAGAGGGCUAAAGGCUACAGGCUGCUGGAGGAGGAGACCCACCUCUACCCCCCUGGCAAAGGCGUGUAUGGAGGCAGGGAGGCUAAUCCCUCUGGCUCCGCCCUUCCAGUGCAUGAAGGAGAAAGUGGAGGAACUGGGGAACAUGGAGGACAUUUCGAAGGUGUACGAUGAGACCUUGCCCUCCUACGCCCAGACCACAGAGAUAGGGGAGGACACACUACCACUACAUCAAGAGGAGGAGGAGCAGCAGCAGGAGGUGGAGGAGGACAAAGAGGAGGAGGCGGUGAAGGAGGUGGUGGAGGAGGAUGUGGUGGAUGGGGUGGUGGAGGUUGUGGUGGAUGGAGUGGUGGAAGAGGAUGUGGUGGAUGGGGUGGUGGAGGAUGUGGUGGAUGGAGUGGUGGAGGUAGUGGUGGAUAGGGGGGUGGAGUGGAAGAAAGAGGAAGAGCAGAGGGAGGAGGAUGAAGAGGAGCGGGAGGAGGAGGAUGUAGUGGAGGAGGUUGUUGAGAAGGUGGAGGAGGUGGUGGAGGAGGAGGUGGUGGACAGGGACGGGGGACCUCCAGCCAAGGUGGGGAUGGAGGCGAUGGAUACGAUAGAGGACACCAGACCACUGAGCAGAUUGAGCAAAGCCAGCAGCAGGGCCAGGUCAGACGAUCUCAGCGUAUGA